AAAGUGGAAAUAACUCAUAAGAAUGUAUUUGUCUGGUUUUUUAUUGUAACAUGGCUUUACGUAGAUUUAUAUAAGAUAAUUGACUUACAAUUGUCAAAAUCUUAAUUCAAAUAUUUAUACAUCUGUUUGACCAAGUUAUUCAAAAUCUCUCACACAAUAUACUACUAUUUCUAACAGUUAAGCAGAUUUCGAGAAUGAACGGCUGAAAAGAGCUUAUCUAACAUAUCCGGAAUAGAUUUCAAGAAUCUCAAUAUCCUUGUUUUGGCGGACACUUUGUCUGUUUCAUGGUCGAUGAAAAUUAUCAAAACUGCCAACUGUCGUUGAUAUCUGUGUAAAAUCCCAAAAUUCUACAAAAAUCGGGAGAUUGGGAUACUGAUGUCUUUGUGGCAAGCUUGUAAAUACUACUUGUUUUCCUUGUUCUCUCAUCUUGAUGUUAGGUAGCUCUUUUUCGAAAAAUGAUUUUUCGUUGUUGACUUGUCAGCAGUUGGAUUUCGCUAGAACUCUUUUUUGUAAUAUCAAGUCCUAGGACUUGGUUACUUGUCUUCAGUCUAGUGACAAGGCUAGACAUUUUGAUUUUAAAGUAAAAGGUACAUUUUUCACACUCUUUAUCUUUCAGUCAGAAUUCGCUUAAAUCUGUAAAGUUCUGAAGUCAUCUUGUGUAUCUUGCUCUUUAAAAUAGAUUCUUCUAACCAGCAAUCUACUGACCUAGAUUAAUUUUUGAGAUCAACCUUCACGAUCUAUUUAAUAAAACAAGGGAUACAUCUAGUUGUGCUUAUUGGAAGUGAAAGAAUAAGACAAGGUGAAAAGUUUGCCUAGACCAAGUCUCCCAAAAAUCAAAGUGCGCUAAAAUUACUACGUUUUCGACACCUGUUAUAGAAUAUAAUAACUUAUUGAUACUGAAGAAUAUAAUCUAUAUUAUUUGAAACCCAGUGGUUGAUAUUACUAACAAUGUGUGUAAUACCUAACAUUUUUUUGAUUUAAAAAUCAGUGGAAUUGCAUGCUACGUGGAGUGAAAUCUGUUGUCGGUACACCUGGUAAACACCUAUGGGAAAUAUAAUUAUAUACAAAACUGUGCUUUGGAACGUUUUUUUUAUGUUUUUAAACCGCGAUCAUUAUAUAUAUAUAUGCAUUAAAACUCUACUGCUUAGAUUUAUCCCACGUUUUUAAAUGUGCAGAUAUAUGGAUAAACCAUAUGACGAAACAGUUGAUGUGCCAGAUUCAGAAGAUAUAGCAACACCACGACUGCAACAGUCUCUUGCUGAAAAUUUUGAUAGGUUUCGAGUUGAUCAUUUAGAUUCUCACAGAGAUAACAGUAAAUCAGUAAGAAAAAUAAAGAAUGAAUUACUAAAUAAAUCAAUUAAAACUGCACCAAAAUCAGUCAUUGAAAAGAAGUCAAACAAUGAAAAAUUAAGUAGUCAAGAUAGUUCCGGCGAUGACGAUGAUGAGGAUGAGGAUGAUGAUGAUGACGAUGAUGAGGAUGAAGAUGAUGAAGAUGACGAUGAUGAAAAUUCUAAUAUCCCUGAUGUCAUUGAAGGUGUCUACAAUCCGGCUGAUUAUGAACAUUUGACUGUAUCGUCUGAAAUUAAGGAAAUUUUUGAAUAUAUUCAAAGAUAUACACCUCAAACAAUCGAAUUAGAAACAAAGUUGAAACCAUUCAUUCCUGAUUAUAUACCAGCUGUUGGAGAUAUUGAUGCAUUUUUAAAAGUGCCCAGACCAGAUGGUAAACCAGAUUAUUUAGGUUUAUUGGUCUUGGAUGAACCAUGUGCUAGUCAGUCAGAUCCAACAAUACUUAAUUUACAAUUGAGAGCUUUGUCAAAGCAAACUGCAACAAAACAAGUAAUAGUUAAAAGUAUUGAAAACGCUGAACAACAAACAAAAGUCAUAGAAAAUUGGAUUAAAAGUAUAACAGAGUUGUAUAGAGCCAAACCUGCACCAACUGUACACUAUACAAGAAACAUGCCAGAAAUAUCUGAACUUAUGGCUGUAUGGCCAACAUCUUUUGAAGAAGCCAUAAAUAAUAUGCAAUUAUCACUAUCUGAGUUGGAUUGUAGUUUAAAAGAUUAUGUAGAUAUAAUCUGUGCACUUCUAGACAUUCCAGUUUACAACAAUCGGAUACAUUCAUUACACUUAUUAUUUUCUUUAUAUUUGGAAUUUAAAAAUUCUCAACAUUUCCGUCAAAAUGAAUCCGUUAUUACUUGA